GCCAGGGGGAUGGCAGGCUGCUGUCACGACUUCGCCAUGCUCCUCAUUCCCAAGCAGCAAGUCAGCAACUCAACUGAUCGUCGCAGCAUCAGUGCACAGGGCACUCGAGCUCCUCAGCCGGCGAAGAGCAGUGUCAGGCGCUGCAUGCUGCCGCCGUCGAGCAGCUGCGGCAGCCAUGCCGAUCGCCAAGGCGCUCCGGCGCUCGCCCGGCUAUCUGUACGCUAAGAUGUAUUGUCUGGCCCUGGCCGUCUCGCUCUUCUCGGCAAGACCCAUCUCGCGUCGGCUGUCGCCCGAACAGCUGGCACAACUGCAGAGGCUGCACAGCCUCGUGCCGCACUUGCAGAUGCCGGCGCAUCUCGUGCCUCGAGGGAGCCAUGCUGCGCCUGCGCUGUCGCAUCGUAGAGCAACGACAUCAGGUAGCAGUGAAGCUCUGCAGAUUCAUGGGACCCAGCAUGCUCACCAGGUCAUUCGCAAAGCGCCAAAGCGAGCUCCGUCCUUCUCCUGGGCGCUCAAGUCCCUCGCGCACGAUGCUCCCUCCUUCGCCUUGCCUUCGCCACAGGGCCUAGCGGAGCGGAUGCAGCGUAGCCUCAAGCUACUUUCCGAGCUGCCGCGACGCUGGCUGCUGAGAAUUCAAGAUCUCGCUCAGGUGCGACGGCGGAUGCGCCUCGAUGAACGCGAAGCUAGACGCUGUCCUGAGCUCGAGCGAGAUGCUGCUGUUCGUGUCGGAUUGACGAUGCAUCCUCAAGAGACGGCCUUCGUCGCGCAACGUCGAGUCGCGAUCGCUGAGUCUGCAGCCCUGUCAAAACUGCUCGGCUUGCCUGAGGGCACGAAGGUGCACCCUGACGAUGUGCCAUUGGUCGCGCUUUGUGGCUCCGGAGGAGGCUACCGUGCCAAGUUCGGCUUCACAGCUGCGCUCGAGGUGCUGAAGCGCCAAGGCGUGUGGGAUGUGGCGACAUGGACUGCCGGCGUCAGUGGGAGUUGCUGGUCAAUAGCAGCGCUUUACACAGUAGCGAAUCUCUGUCCGACGGCGCUCAUGGCACACUACGUGACGGUCGCACAUGAGGGCUUGCAUCCGCUCAGCCGUGGCGUUCUUGAUGUGGUAGCACGCUCGAAGCAAGGCACCUACUUCCUGCUCGCGCCGCUGCUUGCCAAGGCUCGUUCUGGCGUCGUCGGACUAGGCUUGAUGGAUCUGUACGCGACGAUGACGACUUGCUAUCAGUUCCUAUCUCGCAGCCCGCACGCUCGGCCUCGGCUCUCGCGCUCCACUUUCUCCUGGGCACAAGUAUUUGAGCGGACGGGCAUCGCGGCAGGACAAACACCACUGCCGAUCCUCACGGCCGUGCGUAGAGAUCAUACGGAGGGCACGCCGCCGUAUCAGUGGUGGGAGGCGACGCCGCUCGAGGUCGGCAGCCCCGAGGCUGGCAGAUGGGUGCCGACCUGGUCAUUCGGACGCACGUUCCGCAACGGCGCCUCCACGCAGCGCAUCCCAGAGACAUCUCUCGCGCUGCUGCUUGGUUACUGCACGAGUGCACCAGCUGGACCCCUAACCGGCUACGUCUCUGCGCUCAUCGCAAGUCUCCCUGUCGACACGUGGGCAAGCAUUGCCCUCGGCAAGCUCAACACCUUCAUUCAGCACCGCCGCUUCGAGCGCCGCUGGGGCAACCUCAUUCGCGCCGCCGACGAGCCGAACCCGCUCGUCGGCGAGGAAGCCGUCGGCUGGGAGCGCAAGCGGCGGCUCAAGCUCUUCGACGCGGGGCUAGCCAACAAUCUUCCUAGCCACAUCCUCACCACCGAGAGCCGGCAGGCGGACAUCGUGCUCGCCUUCGACUACAGCUCCGACGUGCAGAACGACGCCGCCUUUGCUCGUCUGUCCACGUUCGGCCAGCAGCGCAGCCUCACGUUGGUGCCACGGCAGCGGCUCGAGCCCUUUGCCGCGCUCGAGCCGCUCGCAGCCGAUGAGGACGGCAGCAUCGAGACGCGCUUCGCCGGCCGCUACGCUCAGAUCAUCGAUGUCUGGCGGGCCGAGCGUCCGGACGAUGCAGGGUUGCAGCACGAACGUCCGAGCGGCGAGCCGCACAUGUGCAUCGUGUACUGUCCGCUGCUGCCGCAUCGCUCGCAGCGUGGCUUUGACCCCUCGCAACUCGUACAAUCUGGUCUGGAAGCCCGAGCAGGUCGACGUGCUGGCACGCACAUCGCGGGCGUGCGUCGAGGAGUAUGUGGCACCGGCGGUGCGCACCGUGCUCCGUGAGGUGUGGGCGCGCAAGAAGGCACGGAGAGAGCGCAGACAGGCAAUCACACGAAGAGACUGAGAAAGCGGUCGAUCAUAUUUGGCUUGGCGAUCAGCCAGCGGCCCGGAAAGACGGAUGUACAGAGAGGAGAGGGGGGUGCGUUCGGCUCCGCGCAGGAGGCAGCAGAUGUGAAGCUACAAGAAGGGCGAGACGAGGCAAGGGAGGCUGUGGCCGUCGACCCUGGACCGUGCGUAUGUGCUGCGGGAAGGGGUGCGAGAGAAGUUCCAGGAGAGGUGACGUUUGCGAGCUGAGUUCCGAGGGACUGAGAAGAUUAUUGACCUAUAGCAGCGCUUGCGA